UUAAUUUUAUCUUACAAUUUUUCUUUAUCACUUUUCAUUUGCUAUAAAUAUUUUACAGUCGAUACUGCAAACUGUGGUUUAGUGCAUUUAUAGAAUUUUAUUUAUUUGUGUACUUUUUAUGUAAGUGAAAAGAUUUUUUCUUUUGGUUUUGUGAAUUUUAUAAAGAAGAGGGUCAAAGUUCGUCGACCGAUUGCGUGAGGAUUUAUAUGACAAUGAGUCGAGACAAGAUCAAAAUAAAAAAGUAAAAAAUAAAGAAGCAAAGUAAAAAAAUGUCGCAAAAUCCACGAGGACCGGGCGGGCCAGGAUGGCCUUCAAAUCCAACAAACCCGAGUCCAUUUCGUCCAGCAUCGCCAUUCAGCCCAACACCAAUGUCACAGUCACCGAGCGUAAGAUCUCGCGGCCCAUUCACGCCGAUUCAUCACCCAAUUUCACCACUAACUUACCCGGGUAUGAUGCACCCGAUGAGUCCUGUGCCCAUGGGUAUGCCAAUCUCUCCGGGUAUGUCGCCUGUUUUUGGAGGAGUUCCACCAUCUCCAGGACUUAUUCAGUGUCCAAGACCUCGUUGGCCGUCGCCCGUUUCUACUGGAAACGCUGCGCCUCGUCCUUACAUACCACAGAGUCCUAUGGAACGUGUCAGAGAUCAAAAUUAUCGCACAUCACCGGUACCAUGUGGACCACCAGAAUAUCUAAUAGCGCCAUAUCGUACUGGUGAUUAUGAAUACGUCGGUGUCCCACUAGAACCGACCGUUUACGGCGAUGAUGAAGACAGCGGUCCCAGCACAGCUGAGAUCAUUGCCAGUCAAAGUCAAGAUUACGUUGACGAAAAACUAGCCGAAUAUCAAGCUACUAUCACGUUAUUACAAGGUCAGUCAAUACUUAAAAUAACAUAUUAA